AUGCAGAAGUCCCCGAUCGUAUAUGACACAACAGAUGCCAUAAACUAUAUGAGGGAAGUUAAGGACACUUACCUAGAUCGAAAUGAGAAGUAUGAUGUGUUCAUUGCCCUUAUGAGGGAGGUUGACAAUCCAGGUGUCAUUGCAGGAAUAAAAGAACUGUUUGUGGCGAAUCUGAACUUACUUCUAGGUUUCAAUAAAUUCUUGCUCCGGGAGUUUGAAAUCACCCUGGGUGAUGUAGAGGUUGCCCCUGAUGACACAAUAAAGGAUUUUGAAGAGGCUCUAGGUGUCAUCAAGAAGAUAAAGAAGCGUUUCGGAAGCAACCACCAUGUCUACACAUCUUUUCUAGACCAUUUGGAUGCGUACAAGUAUGGAGGCCAUAGCGUUGAUGAGGUCUACUAUGAGAUCAACAUGGAUCGUCCCCCGACUGCUGCUAAUAACCUUAAUUCAUCAAGACAGCCUUCUGUUGAAUCAGUUGAUAAUCCAGGAGUCAUUGCUGGAUUGAAGAAACUAUUUGUAGGGCAUCCGAACUUACUUCUUGGUUUCAAUAAAUUCUUGCCCCAAGGCUUUGAAAUCACGCUGGAUAAUGAAGAAGAGAUUACCCUUGAUGAGCUCACAAGGAAAUUUGAGGAGGUUUUAAGUUUCGUCAAAAAGGAGCGUUUUGAAAGCAACCAUCGUGUCUACACUUCUUCUUCGGACCAUGUGGAUGCGUACAAGGACAGGAAAAAGAGCAUUGAUGAGAUCUACCAUGAGAUCAACACGGAUCAUCCCUUGAAUGCUGCUGAUAACCUGAAUUCAUCAAAACAACAUUCUGCUGAAUCGCAAAAUCCCCCAGUUGUAUAUGACACAACAGAUGCCAUAAAUUAUAUAAGGGAAGUUAGGGACACUUACCUUGAUCAAGAGGAGAAAUAUGAUGCAUUCAUUGACCUUAUGAGGGAGUACAAAGAUAAAAGGGUUGAUAGUCCGGGAGUCAUUGCCGGAUUGAAGAAACUAUUUGUAGGGCAUCCGAAUUUACUUCUAGGUUUCAAUAAAUUCUUGCCUCGGGGGUUUGAAAUCACAUUGGAUAAUGAAGAAGAGGUUACGCCUGAGGAGCUCGCAAGGGAAUUUGAGGAGGCUUUUAGUCUCGUCGAGAAGAUAAAGGAGCGUUUUGAAAGCAACGACCAUGUCUACACUUCUUUAUUGGACCAUCUGAAUGCGUAUAUUGAUGGAAACAAGAGCAUUGAUGAGGUCUACCGUGAGGUUGCUUUACUUUUUAAGGACCACCCAGAUCUGUUGGUCGAGUUCACCAAAUAUAUUCAAGAAGAGUAAUUAGCUAUACAUUUUCUGUAUUACCAGA